UCUGUAGCCCGAAUGAAGUAAAGCUAUCUGUGACUUCUAUAUAAAAUCUUGAAGGUGCUUACAGUCAUGUACAAAAUUAAUAAAACAAAGACAGUUCUUAUUCGUCUUUUUUCAAACACAAAGGUGAAAUGGUCACUACUCUGCAGCCGGCAGACUGCAAAGUCUCUACUUUUGCGCACACGUUGCGCAGGUAGAGAGUGUAAAAAAUCCACCAGUGGUAUUCUAUAGCGCGCCCGCACAACGAAAUAAUCUACGUCGUUGUCAGACAAUUAGCAUCUUUCAAGAGUCUGAAUGUAACCGUCCGCUGUGAAUAUUAACAAGUUCAAAAUGCGCGACUUUAAUACAGAAACAACCAAUAUAAUUAACUGUGGCUAAACUCAGAAUGAGUCGUAUUGUUUGAUUAUAUUUUGUCCAUGAUUGUAAUUAUUAAAUUUUGUGUUGUAGAAUGCAGGUCAGUUGAUUUUCACAUUCUCUAUGUGAAUUAUGUUUUACUAUCUUUGUCUAUUAGGUUUCCGUGCUGUGCUUUGUGUCGCGCCGCUAGAGGUUUAAUUUUGAUGGGGUAAACGAGCAAUGUCUCGAUUAUUCACUGGUGUACGAACUCACCUUGUGUCACGUAGAAUUUUUGUUUAGAUGUCAACCUUAAAAAAAGAAGGGAAGAGAUUAAUAAUUGUGUCAUGAGGGAAAUUGUAGAAAGGGAAAAAAUAAUUCCGUAAAGAAUAUCAAUUUAUGACUGGUAAUGUUUCAGUUUUCCAUGAUAAAUCAUUUCAAAAGACAACAAAAAAUUGUUAUUCGCACUUUAAUAACCUUACACAGACAUACGUCCCCCCCCAGCCUCGAAACUAUUUUGUUGAAAAACAGCAAUGUGGCUAAAAUUAGGAAUCUUUUUCUCCGUUGCCUUGAUUCUUAUAAAAAGGAUCGUGCAUCUUACCAUCUUCAUUAUGUUGAAACGAGAAGCUAACCAAGACAUUUAAUCUAUUAUCUAAGAGAUUUGUAGUUUGUUUCUUUAAGUUAUAGCAUACUAGACAAGCAUGGUGGUUACACUUGGUGUAGACAUUGGAACGACUUCCGUAAAAACAUGUUUGGUUGAGGAUGGGCAUGUUCUCGGUGCCGUAAAAUGUUCUCACAAUGCAAAAAUUAUCGAGGAUAACCGACCUAUGUCACAUCUGUUUGAUGAACAAGAUCCUUUACUGAUACUAAAAGCUUUAGAUGACUGUUUAGAAAAGAUACCUUGUCACCAAGCCUCUAGUAUUCGAAUAUGCGGACAAAUGCAUGGCGUAGUGCUAUGGAAUCCGGUUAAUGUUCCAAAGUGUAACACAAACUUAACAUUGAAAUGUUUGUACCAAUCUGCCAUUACUGAUGUUAGCCGUCUUAUAACAUGGCAAGACAAACGUUGUCAUCAGGAUUUCUUGAAAAAUCUACCAUGCAGUCCGUCGUUCUGCAAAAUAGCAACUGGCUAUGGUAUUGCUUCAUUGUUGUGGUUGAAGAGAAAUCAAAAACUUCCUGAUACAUAUACAUUGUGUGGUACAAUUAUGGACUUUGUAGUUUGGUUGUUAACACAAACAAAAUAUGUUUAUAUGACCACUCAUAGCGCGAAUAGCUGGGGAUAUUUUGACGUCAGCAAAGCAUGCUGGGAAGUAGAACAAAUACCAGAAUUGGCACAUCUUCUGCCUAGAAUUGUUUCUGUCGGUCAUCGAUCUGGAAGUCUGGUAACGAAGUUGCAUGGCAUGGCCACCGAUACAGUUGUGUAUACAGCGCUCGGUGAUAUGCAGUGUUCAAUACAUUCAUCUACACCUGCACCUAACGAAGCUAUCUUAAAUAUCGGUACAUCCUCCCAGUUGUCGUUUAUGCUAAAAAAUGACGCUUGCACUAUAAAAGCAAUUCGGGACAAAUGUCAUUCACUGGAUUGCGUACCUUAUAAGAAUAAUGACGUCAUAAUAACAGCUGCAUCACUUACAGGUGGAAAUGUACUAGACAAUUUUGUCUCGACGGUACAGUCUUGGUUGUUGGACUUAGAAUGUAAUUCAGCUAUGGGAAAGCAAGACCUUUUUAAGAAACUUGAAGACCUAGCAAAUACGUUCAGAAAGACGAAGUCUAAUACACGGACUUGUUUAGUAAUAGACCCUUGUGUAUUUGGAGAAAGAUAUUCACCCAAUUCUCUCGCAAGUGCUACUAAUAUCACUACUUAUAACAGUUCGCUGGGGGAAAUCACAUGGGCAUUACAUAGAGGGAUUAUUGAAAACUUAUCAACCAUGCUUCCGGUAGAAUUAUUAAAAAAACAUGGAGUUGAAGCUGUUGUAGGAACAGGUGGAUUUUUAGUUGAGAACUGUAUCCUAAAAGAAGCAAUCGAAGAGGUGUAUAAACUACCGUUGCGUGUAUCAAGCGAUAGCGACGCAGCAUACGGUGCAGCAAUGUUUUGAUCCCUGAACAGUAUCGACAGUCAUUGUCGCAUCAUUAUGGUUGAUCGAGUUUUUACAUUGGGAUCUAUCCACAUCCAGAUUUUUUGCCCUAACUUGGAAUGAAUUAUUUAGCUGUUUUUAUAUUUUUGUUAUUUAAUUUAAGAAGACUUGAAACAGGAA